AUGCUCCGCGGUGGCGACAGCGGCUACUCUGAUGACGCAGCCGCCGGUACCUUUGGCAGAUUCCGACGCGGCGCUGUUGCGCUGCCGCAGCUCGGGGGCGGGCGCGUCGACCUGCGCUCCGUGGCGGACCCCGACCUGCAGCGCAUGUUGGACACUCCUGAGCAAAUUUUGCGUCCCGAUGCUCAGCGUAAUCUUCUGCUAUGCGAUGCUCCAGCCAAGGUUGCGUGCGAUCCCACGCUUCGCCAGCAGGGUCGUGACUACGGUUUCUUUCUUUCCAGCCUCCUAGGUGCCAACGUCAUCGAGGUCGGCCCCAGUUCCGAGGAGGUCGGGAUCUUCUUUGCGUUGAAAAAGUCGGGUGACCUACGCUUGAUCUUCGACGCCAGACGUGCCAACUGCUGGUGCCACACUCCAUUGACAUGUUCCUUGCCUUCUGGAGAGUCACUGGCGGCCAUGAGUAUCCCACCCGACAGUCAGUUACACAUGGCGGGAGGUGACGUGGAAUGUUGUUUCUACCAAUGUGCCCUCCCCGAGGCCUUCCGCCACUUGUUCGGACUCAUGCCCGUCGAGGCCCGCUUUCUGGACAAAGCUUGGCAGCAGCGUCUGAACGUGUCAGGGCACCAUCUCGUGCAGCGUCGCGUGCGAGUCGUUCCCAUGGGGUGGAGCUGGGCCACAUGCCUGAUCCAGCGCGUUCACCUCCACCACUUCGGCAACCUCCCUGUGCAGUUGCCCUGGGUCGUCGACAAGAUGAAGUCGGCAAACUUUGGCAUCCACAAGGGUGGCAACGCUCUCUACAUCGACAAUUUCGCCUGUUUCGCUACCGAUGCUGGUCUGGCCCAGGAGCAGGUGGACAGCAUGAAGGCUGCACUGGCGCAUGUCGGGGUGGUCUCCUCUCUGGGCCCGGCGUCCGACACACCAACGUUCAUCGGAUUUGAGUUGGUGCACCAUUCGCGGUGGAGGCCCACCCCGAAGAAGUGUUGGCGAGCUGUGCUGGGGCUUCGGCAUCUGCUCAACACCAGCCCUCUGGUCUGUGGCAGGGACCUUGAGCACAUCCUCGGACACCUCAUUCACAUUUUCACGCUGAAGCGCGAGCUGCUCAGCAUCUUCAACGCCACGUACUCCUUCAUCAAGGGCAGCUACCUUCGUCGUCAGCCCCUGUGGGCCUCAGUGGUUCGCGAGCUCCGUUGGGUGCUGGCGCUCCUGCCGCUGGUGGAGGUGGACAUCCAGCUCCCCUGGCGCACCGAGGUCCACUGCUACGAUGCGUCGCCGUGGGGCUUUGGUGUGACGUCGGCCUCUUGGGCCCUAGACGUCGUGCGCGAGCUCGGAGCUUGGAGUGAGCGCUCGAGACUCAAGGGGCCCUGGGCUGUGCGGGGUAAGCAUCGUGAGCGGGCCCUAGGCUCGCUCGAGGCCUCCAGCGAGGGCUUCGAGGAUAUCCCACACGCCCUGCUGGUCAGCACUCGGUGGAAGGAGAAGGCAGACAUGGGCUACGCCUCGCACCGUGUGCUCAGCCGCCGGGUCUUGGCGGCGACAUCGGGGCUCUCCUCGAGCACGACCCCGACGGCGCCUGUGAUCAGGCGCCCCACGCACGCACCUUCGGCCAAGCGGAAGCGUGGGCCAUGCAGGCCCCCCCGGGUCUCGGCCGAGAUCAGGGAGCUGGCUCCCUGGCUGACCCCGCUGCAGGCCAAGCGCGUGCAGACCAAGACACGGCUGGCCUAUUCUCAGUUGCUGGUGGCGCUGGCCAUGUGGCUCAACGUGGCCCCUUUUCCAAAGCUGAACGGCGAGCAGUGGGGCGCCAUCCUGGUCGACUUCUUAGAGGACCAGUUGGACCGCAGCAUGACCCUCAGCAUGGCCGUCAAGACGGUGUCCGCGGUGCUGUCCUCCCGGCCGCCCUUGCCCAUCGAGUGCGUGACGGCCAUUGCCGCGCGGCUCGCCGCAGAGGGCGACCUUCUUAUGGCUCUCUUCGUCUGGGUGUCCUUCGAGACCUACUGGCGCCCCAGCGAGGGGCUUGCGCUGCUCGGGUAUCAGGUGCUGCCAGGGCUGCCAGGCGGAUCAGGAUCAGCUCAUCACCUCUCGUUCCUGGUCCGUCCGUCCGAGCAGGAGACCCCCACCAAGACAGGCCUCUUCGACGUCAGCAUUGUCCUGGACCUGCCUCGUCAGCAGUUCUUGGUGCCCCUCCUCUUGGCAGUCAAGCACCGGGUCCGGGACAGCGGCUUGAUGUUCCCGAUCUCUCACAUGGAGGCUCGGUCUCGCUUCCAGGCAGCCGCCAUCGCCGUCAACGUGGGCAGCCUGCGCCCUACUCUGUACAGCCUGCGUCAUGGGGGAGCCUCUCACGAUCGGGCGUCCAACAGCAGGUCUGCCCACGAUGUCACAGCAAGAGGGCUCUGGCGGUCCUCCAACUCGGUCCUGAGGUGCGAGAAGCACUCCCGUCUGGCUCGCCAGCUACACGCACUCCCAGCUGCUGCGCGCCACGCCGUGACAGCAAGCUAUCGUGGCGCUGCCAACGCCUUCACGGCGCUCUUUUGGAAGCACUGGCCCGCUGCCGCAUCCCAGGCUUCCCAGUUGUAUUAG